AUGUUUUACCAGACCUAUAACUACACCGUGGCCGUCGGCGCUGACGGGAAGAUUGGGCCUGUGACCUGCGACAGCUGGUCCGACCUCACUUUUGAGCAGUUUAUCGAGAAGCGAGAAGUGAGGCGGGACGAGCUGGACCGGAGGCUUGGGAGGGACCAAUAUGCACGAGUUGAGGAGGAGGAGAAGGAGGAGGGGGCAGUUGCUGCGGAGGACGAGGCAGCUGCUGUGGAGGAGAAGGAUGAGACUUCAUACUCUUACCCUGACGUUACUGACGCUUCCGCUUCAUUUGAUGACGAUUCACAGGGCUCGUGCACGAUCCGCCAGGCGCUGCGCGACUUGGAGCGGGAGAAGCUCCGCUGCUCGGUCCUCCUGAACGACAUCGCGGAGGAACACUGCACGCUCAAGGAGCUGCAGCAGAGGAAACUGCGCAACCGCCAGACCCGCGUUUCCGCAUCUUUUAACUCGGAAGAAGACUCCCAGGACGACAUCCCCCUUGUCCAUGUUCUAUCAGCAAUUAGGAAGGUCCAGAAGGAGAUGGAUGAAGCCGAGGACGUCGUGGUCCUCUCUCCGAGCAUGUUCGAUACCUCCCUCGAAUCUGUGGCCGUUUCCCAGGUUAGCUUCCAGGAGAAAAAUUCCAGGCGCUCCGGGGGCCACUACGUCAAGGCUGCCGGGGGGACCUUCGAAGAUCAGAAUCUACCUGGAUUUCAGAUCAGAAUCUACCGCACAGACCAGGACUUCGGGAAGGAAGCCGUGAUGGUGAUAUCUUUGGUAACAUACUUCCUCAAGCAACUACCAUCGCAAUGUCUUGUCCUUAAACGCUCUUUUGCUAGACUGUCGACGCUCAUUUAUUCUUGUCAUGGGACUUCCUACGUGUAUGCAUAUGCAAUUGAGACCCCCACAUACGGCCAAUCAGUUACGGAAAAUAUAUCAGCUCUGUUCUGCGGUCCUAGUCUCCACGUCGGCCGGAUGGGAUGCCAGUUGAUCUGGUAA